GCUGGAGUGGGAGGUAUAUAAGCUAGCCACGCAAGCGGAACUAGUAUAGCAUCAUCAGUGAGUGACUGGUUAACGAUAUCAGCGAUAUGCGUCCCCUAAUUUCCGUACUUGUUGGAGCUGCCUUCAUCGGGCUAGCUGUGGCUACCGGUGAUUAUGGAUACGGCGGGUAUGGAGCUGAUAUCGGAGCGUAUGGAGGCCAUGGAUACGCUCAAGCGCCUUCAACUUCCGUUGUUGUAAACAAAGUCGCCAGGCCAGUGCCCGUGGCUCACCCUGUGCCCACGCCGUAUGCCGUGCCUGUUCACAAACCUGUCCCUGUCUACAAGAGCGUCCCCGUACCCAAGCCCGUGCCAGUGCCUCAAGUCAUUGAGCAGGUCGUGCCCGUGCAUAAGGAGGUGCCCGUACCUAAAGAGGUUCCUGUACCCGUACCUGUCGAAGUUAAGAGGCCCUACGCUGUCCCUCAUGAGGUUAAAGUGCCUCGCCCUUAUGUCGUGCAUGUACCCAAGCCAUAUAUCGUUGAAAAGCCCUAUAAUGUACCCGUACAGGUUAAGGUACCCCAGCCCUAUGUCGUGCCUGUGCACAGGCCCUAUGCCGUCCCCGUCAAGAAGCCCUACCCCGUUGAAGUAAAUGUUGUUAAAGAGGUCCCUGUUGCCAUUCACAAACCCGUUGCUGUGCCUAUUUCUCCCAUCCACCAUGCCGUGCAUGCUUCUCCCCUUUUGCAUGCUGCCUCCCUCACUCAUGGAUACCACAAGGCCUAAGCCGUGUUGAUGGAAAGAUACAUGCAUUCAUACACAAAUCCUGUGCACACGCACUAGGGGUAUUAUAAUUAGCACAAAACGUUUAAUCAAUGUUAGGCCCUAACCUUAAAUCGUGUCGUUUGUAAAAGGCGUUUUGUGUUGCUUCCGGCGACGCGACUUAAUACCAAUUCUGAAUCGCCGACCAACAAGCGUUGUCAUGUAAAUUUGUAAAUCUGUUUGUUGAAAUAAAACGACUGGAAGGCAGUCGCUUGCUCAUA